CCUGCCAUGCUCACGGCAUCGCCCACCUCUGUUGUGCCCGGGCCCCUCUCUCGGCGCAGCCCACCAGGCAACAGGAGCGAGGAGCCGCCGGACACCCGAGACCCGCUGCUGGCCCAGGCGGAGCUGGCCCUGCUCUCCACGGUCUUUGUGGCCGUAGCCCUGAGCAACGGCCUGGUGCUGGGGGCUCUGGCGAGGCGGGGCCGGCGGGGCCGCUGGGCACCCAUGCACGUCUUCAUCUGCCACUUGUGUCUGGCGGAUCUGGCUGUGGCUCUGUUCCAAGUGCUGCCCCAGCUGGCCUGGGAUGCCACCGACCGCUUCCGUGGGCCCGACGCCCUGUGCAGGGCUGUCAAGUACCUGCAGAUGGUGGGCAUGUACGCGUCCUCCUACAUGAUCCUGGCCAUGACACUGGACCGCCACCGUGCCAUCUGCCGGCCCAUGCUGGCACACCGCCACGGAGGUGGUGCUCGCUGGAACCGGCCGGUGUUGGUGGCCUGGGCCUUCUCGCUGCUCCUCAGCCUGCCCCAGCUCUUCAUCUUCGCGCAGCGCGAUGUGGGGGAUGGCAGCGGUGUCCUCGACUGCUGGGCCCGCUUUGCUGAGCCCUGGGGCCUCCGUGCCUACGUCACCUGGAUCGCCCUGAUGGUAUUCGUGGCACCUGCCCUGGGCAUUGCUGCCUGCCAGGUGCUCAUCUUCCGGGAGAUUCAUGCCAGCCUGGUGCCAGGACCGGCAGAGGGGCCCGGGGAGCGCCGAGGAGCAGGCCGGAUUGGCAGUGCCAGCGAGGGGGCCCGGGUGUCAGCAGCCAUGGCCAAGACCGUGAGGAUGACGCUGGUGAUCGUGAUCGUGUAUGUGCUGUGUUGGGCGCCCUUCUUCCUCGUGCAGCUGUGGGCUGCGUGGGACCCAGAGGCACCUCUGGAGGGGCCCCCCUUCGUUCUGCUCAUGCUGCUGGCAAGCCUCAACAGCUGUACCAACCCCUGGAUCUAUGCCUUCUUCAGCAGCAGUGUCUCCUCAGAGCUGCGCGGCCUGCUCUGCUGCACCCGGAGGCACCCCCCACCCAGUCCAGGCCCCCAAGAUGCGUCCUGCGCCACUGCCAGCUCCUUCCUGGCCAAAGACACAUCCACCUGAGAAGCCAGGAGCCGGCCCUGGAUGGAGACGCAACCCCAGGGUCGCUCCCUGGUGCAGGGCGUGGGGA